AUGAGUAAAAAGAAACCCAAUCAGAAGAGAAAGAUUAACAAGUAUACAGUGAAAAGUUUGCAGCAAGCAAGUUUGAGAAUGUUAGGAGACUUCACCACUUACAAAGUGCAGGAAACUGGUAAGUGGAUAGUUUUCGUUGACCCUAAAGAUACUUCUCAAACUUGUAGUAAAUGUCAUCAGAAGUCGUUAAUUAAACAAGAAUUAAACGACCGAAUAUUUAUUUGUGCUUUUUGUAAGAAUGAGUUAGAUAGAGAUAUAAAUGCUGCUCAUAAUAUUCUCUACAAAGCACAAACGGAGUUAGGAACUUUGUCCUCUGGGAGGAUAUAA